AUGACGAGUGACGACCAGCAGUUCUUGGACGUGUUGGCGUCCGUUCCGCAAGACAUCGCUGCCUAUGGGUCCCGCUUGGCCGACUACAUCGACCGCUAUACCAACACAAUCGCUUCCGAUAUUCGGGAUGCGAUAGACAACAGUACAUGGAUACCGGAAAAGAUCAAGCCUCCUAAACCGCAAGGAGGCCAGUUCUUCGCCCGUGCCCCACCUGCGCCACAAGGUUACUACGAGCAGACCGUCACAUGGUUCUCAAAGAAUCGCACGGCGAUUGCCAUGGUUGUGGCAUUUGUGGGCACGACAGCAUAUUUGGCCCAUCGCUCCAAGAAAGCACACGCGCGCAAACGACGGGCGAAAAAGUUGGCGAAUGGCGCAAAGAAAGAGAUCGUCGUCCUAGCAUGUUCAACUUUCCACGACCCUCUGACCCGGUCCUUAGCCCUUGAUCUCGAACGCCGUGGCUAUGUUGUCUACGUGACGGUCUCUUCGACUGAAGAAGACAGCCUCAUUCAGCAAGAAGCAAAAGCCGAUUUGCGCCCACUCUGGAUGGACCUAACCUCGACCGUGCCAAACCCCACCGUCGACAUACAUCCCAAUCUUGAGGCCAUCCGUGACCUUCUCACCCAGCUUCCCAAGGAGACAUCUGGCGGUCGCUCCUCUGGCGGGUCCAGCAUGGGCAACAUGACACUUGCGGGAUUGGUCGUCUUUCCUGGCUGCAGCGGCUACCCUUCUGGCUCACUGCCGCUUCUCCCUCCCACCGAAGUCAUCGACACCCUGAACACGCGUCUCCUGUCGCCUCUACUUUCCAUCCAGCAGUUCCUCCCGCUCAUCCUCAAUCAUUCCUCCGCCACAUCCCCAGCCAGCAUCAUCCUCGCCUAUCCUUCCAUACCGGCGUCUCUAUCCCCGCCCCGGCAAAUCCCCGAAUCAAUCAUCACUUCCUCCCUCUCCAGCCUCUCCACAUCCCUCCGCCGUGAGCUCCGCACCCUCUCUCCGCACAUCACUGUCCACGACCUCAAACUCGGCAACUUCGACCUCGGCAGCGACCCAGCCGGCAAGUCACCCGCCGUCACACCACGCCCAAGCGUACAAAGCAACUACCCCAACCUAGACCCCGCCCAAUCCCAGCUCAUCCACACACCCUGGCACAGCUCUCAACGCGCCGCUCUCACGCGCUCCACCCUGCAGCGCCCCAGCUUCAUCAAGGGUUCCUCGGCGCGUGAGCUACACAACGCCGUCUUCGACGCCCUCGCCCCGCCCCAGUCCUUCCGUGCCUUCGGGCGCUGGGACUGGACGAGCCCGAAGACGGGCGGGACGGUCUUCGUGGGCAGCGGCGCCCGCGUCUACGACUUCGUUGGUCGCUGGGUGCCGGGCGGGCUGGUUGGCGCGGUCAUGGCGUUCAGAGACCGGAGGAGCAGCCGCGGCGCUAGGGGGGUAGGAGAGUGGCGGGCGCCUAGUGAGGUGAGGAGGGAGCAGCAGUCUGUUUACGACAGUCGCAUGAGUGCCAGUGCUACGGAGGGGGAGGGCAUCGGGGAGAGCGCAGUCUGGGAAAAAGUAUAG